CGCAGGUUUAAGUGACGAGACGUGCCAGGGCUCAAUAUCACCGGAACCAAUUAAGCGCACUUUACGCACAGGACUUUUACGCACGGGACUUUUACGCACCAAUCCAAGUCAUGAAGCUUGGAGUUUUGUGCGGGAAAACGGAUGAGAUGUUCAAAGCUCCGGAGGGAGGGACGAUGUCGCCUCUCCCCACCGAUGAGGAGCUGGGCUCGGAUGGAGACUUCACGGCGCACAGCCCUGCUGCGAGCGGGAAGUCCAAGCCGUACACCAGGAGACCCAAACCGCCCUUCUCCUACAUCGCCCUCAUCGCCAUGGCCAUCCGGGACUCCCCGACCGGACGCCUCACUUUAGCCGAAAUCAACGCGUAUCUCAUGAACAAGUUCCCCUUCUUCCGGGGCGGCUACACCGGCUGGAGGAACUCGGUGCGCCACAACCUGUCCCUCAACGACUGCUUCCACAAGGUGCUGCGCGACCCUUCCCGGCCGUGGGGGAAGGACAAUUUCUGGAUGCUCAACCCCAACAGCGAGUACACGUUCGCGGACGGCGUGUUCCGGCGCCGGCGGAAGCGCCUCAACAUCCGCUUGAGCAAGCAGCAGCAACAGCGGGAAGGCGCGGAGGACGCGCCGCCGGGCAGUGACCUCGCCAGCUCGCCUAAGAAGUUCACCAGCUCCUUCACGAUAGACAGCAUCCUCAGCAAGCCCUUCUCCAAACACGAUUUCCCACGCGUGGAUCGCGUUGUGAUGAUGACGCACUAUUUCAAUUCACCUGCUGCCUCUUUGCUGCACGUCCAGCCGACGUGUAACGUGGACCCCGGGACCGCGCAUGCGCCGAUGUGUGGUCCCUUUUUACAAACUGUGUGAAGCUUUUUAAUGGCGCUUCUUAUUCUUCACGCUGCAUCAUCGUAAAUGUUGUGCACGACUGCAAGAAGGAAACCGGCGAAUGACAUGAUUAUAUUUGACUUUGGUGGAGGUUUUUUUUUUUUUUUUUGACAUUUCGUUUGUGUACAGUUCCCCCGUUUCGCUUGUGUGAUGCAGCUGAAAUAGGCUUUGUCACGCCAAAUUUCUUCUCCCUACAACCCCCCCCCCCAUUUACUUCCGGGGUCAUGAUUGAUACAGACGUUUUAUUAACAUUAUAUUAUAAAAAUUGUAACGUUAUAUUAUAAAAAUGCAGACGUUUUGUUAACGCUAUAUUAUAAAAAAAAAUUCAAAAACAAUUUACAAACACAAGCUAUGGGAUGACAUAAGAGGAACGUGACCCCGGAAGUAAAUGCGUCAUCCCAUAGCUUGUGUUUCUAAAUUGUUUUUAAUUUUUUUUUUUAAUAAUAUAGCGUUAACAAAACUUCUUUAUUUUUAUAACGUAGCGUUAUAUUUUUAUGAUAUAGCGUUAACAAAACGUCUGUAUUAAUCAUGACCCCGGAAGUAAAUGGUGGGGGAAGGUUUUUGUAGGGGGGAAGAAAUUUGGCGUGACAGCUCCGGCACCUCCUGGGACCCCAAAAGGGACAAGCGGUAGGAAAUGAAUGGAUGGAUGGAUGGAUGGAUGGAUGGAUGGAUCCGUCACAAUAACUGUUACUAAUAUUGUAAAGCUGUCGGUUUGCACUUUCUUUACAAUAUAUGUUCGUUUCAAAAUAAAACUCUCAAGUUGUUGUCAAAUA